UUGUCUUAAAAUAAAUAAAUAAUUAAAAACUCUUUUAGAAAGAAUUAUUAAAUCUCUACCCUUAUUUCUCCCUAAUUAUUUCUUCUAGUUAGUGUGAAAUGAUCUUGAUUUGAUCCGUUUGAUUUUCUCUCUCCUAAAUUAAGAGAAACAAAGAAAAAAUCAUGUUCCCUUUCCAACGAAGUUGUGAGCUGUCGUUCAAAAUUAGUGAUGAGGGGGACCAAUUUGAAGAAGAAGAUGAGAUUAUGUUGAAUGAUAAUAAUAAUGUUUCUGUUGGCCUAGUCAAUAAUACAACUAGUACUAAUCCUGGCCGAGGCCGAGGUAGAGGUGGUCGUGGUCGAGGCCGAGGUCGUAAAUCAUCAUCAUUGUUAGCUAGUAGUAGUAAUACUAAUACUAAUACUACUACUAAUAUUGAUGAUGAUGAAAGAAAGGUUAUGCAUAGAGAAUAUGAACGUCAAAGGAGGCAAGAAAUGGCUGAUCUUUAUAAUUCCCUUCGUUUAACUCUUCCUUCUGAAUCUAUUCAGGGAAAGAGAUCAACAAGUGAGCAUAUAGGGGAAGCUGUAAAUUACAUACAACACUUGAAAAAGAAUGUAAAGGAGCUUGAAGAGAGAAGAGAUCAGCUUAAACAAUCAGUAGAACAACAAGAAUCGACGAGUUCGACUUCUGAAUUAGGUGGAUCCAGCAACUCAUCUGUAACAAUUAGACAAUCUGUAGUUGGUUUUGAAGUAGAAAUUAGUGUUGGAUGUGAAGAUGAAGACCGAUUUUCGCUAUCAAGCGCUAUACAAGUAAUUUUUGAUGAAGGACUUGAAGUUGUGAGUUGCACUUCAACCAAGUUCAAUGAUAGACUAAUUCACCAUUUGCAAUGUCAGGUAGGAAACACAGCAUGCAUUGAUUUGAAUCAACUACAACAGAAAUUAAACGACCUCCUUUGCUGAUUAUAUAUACUAUCAUUAUUACCUUUAUAGUUAAUACAUAGCUUGUUAUGGUGUGACUUGAUCCAAUUCUAGGUUAUUGAUGUUUUUGAAAUGGAGGGAGUGUGUAUGAAACAAGUUACGAAAGUAGACAUAUAUGUUCAUUUGAUUCUUCAUUUAUUAUGUAGGCAAUCAAAUGCAUUGCUAGAGCAGGAAGGGUGUAUGUAUGAAACAAGUUACUGAGUGUAGAUGAACAAUCGAUCAUUUGGUUGUUCUUCUAUUAAUUAGGCAAUCGAAUAUUGCUAGAGCAGUGAGGGUGUAUGAACAAAGUGUAGUUGUAUUCUUGUAUAUUAUAAAUGUUUGAGAGAAAUUUGUUUA